AGCAUGAGUCAUGCAUCUCUAUGGUUGCGAAGGGAAGCAGGGAAGGAUGAUUCUAGACAAUAAAGCUGUUUAAUGAUGGUACAAUGCGCACAAUUCGAGACAUCGCGAACGAUCGAAAGCGCGAUUCAAGGUUGUGAAAGUUGUGUCAUGAAUAAGACGGAAUUCAACAUCGUUCUGAGCACAGAGCCACCGAGAACGACUCCGAGUGUGAUUCAUUCUCACAUUCCGGUGCCCAGAGUAUCAGCUGCGAUCAAGGCCCAAGAAAGAUGUCCUCCAAAGCGCAGAGGAUCCUUCGAGAGGCUCGGCCGCGGAUCUGUGGCCGCUCAAAGAGCGUCCUUCGAGAAGCUUGAAGCUUCCGUCGUACAGUUGAGAUCGCGCAAUAAUAAUCAACUAUCAACUUCAAGCAUCGAAGUGCGAGGCUCUGAAGAGAAGACGACGCCUGUAAGCAAUUACAAGACGAGUGACGUCUUCAAGCUCAACAGGGAUAAUAGCUUCAUCGAGACCAAAUGGAAGAAUAAAUAUGAGGAUUCGGAAAAGAGGCGGAAGCUUUUGCUACAAAAGAGCGAAGCUGUGAAUAAAGAGCACGCAGAUUUGGAGAAAAAAUAUCAACAAUUGCACAGAGAAAAUAGUACGCUGCAAUCGCAAGUUGAAGAGAAGGAGCAUAAGCUGCUAAAAUUGCGAACAGUUUCGGAAGCAGUGUGUAAGGAAUACGAACAAUUAAAACGUCAAUAUGACGUGGAAACGAAUGCAAUGCACAAAGCUAUGCAACAAGCGUCUCAGUGGUAUCGACAAAACCGCGAGCUCAAGCGAAGAUCCCAAAUUAUUGCGCAAAAGUUUCUACAUAAUAAUUCGGAGCAGUCGUUGGAUUUUGAUUUAUCCGAUGAAGUGGAUAAUCAGAGUUUCGAGGAUUUGGAUGAGCUGAGACAAAUGGUGAAAGAGCUGAGCAGUGAGGUAGCGCGGCUUCAGACGGAACUUCAUUCCGCGCGACUUCAAGAAUUCGAAGCACAAGAGCAAGUGACACAGUUGACCACGCAGUUGGAAGAAGAAAGAGCCCUCCGGCAAAAAGGAGAAGAGAAAAUUAAUGAAAUGAAGUUUUACAAAGGAAAUAUGGAAAGAGUUACAAAAAUGGUGACUGAAGAGGUGCAAGCUUUGAAAACGCAAUGUGAUCGCGAGAGAGAAAAUGCGAAAAUUCUGAAGAUAGAAGCGGAAAAGGUUCAAAAAGAACGAAACGUCUUAGCACACCAAAGCGCUCUUCUAAUGGCCGAGAUUGGAGAUGAUCCGAAUGGAAGAUUAUUAGCCGUUCUACAAGAAGUGGAAUCUUUAAAGAGACUAUUAGAAGAAGAACAGCAGAAUCAUGCUUCCCAAGUACAGAUAUUACAAGAGAAACUAGAAGAGAAAGAAUCGAAUGUAGAAUUUGAAAUCGUCGAAGAGAAACUAAAGCUUGCAGAGUCCGAGUUAGAGGUUGUUCUUCAAAGAGCCGAAAGGGCCGAGAAAGCGGUGGAAGAGCUGGAGAACGUUGUCCGAUGUUUGAAGCAGAAAGUCAACGAGUUAGAAGAGAAAGUCUCGAAACCGCCACCGCCACCGUUACCUCCUCCUCCCCCACCACUACCGAUAUCAAUGGCUGGUCAAUCAUCGAUAAAAUUGCUGACUAGAGAAAAGUUGAUUUCGGAGCGUUCGGCUGUGAGUGAUAUGGAGAAUAUACUUGGCAUUGCACCGAAAAAAACACCUGCGGUUGCACAACCUGCUAUUGACGAUAUUAUCAAUCAAAUCAAAGGCGGACGUUUCACGCUAAAACAUACAGAUAAACAAAGAGAAGAGGAGCGAAAAAGACGGCAAGCGGAAAAUACGUCGCCAGCAGUUUCUGAAAUGUUAAAUAUUCUUGGUACUAUGAGACGGAGAGCUAAGCCAAUAAGGCAGUCGUUCAAGUUUGCAGACGCAUCAUCGUAGUGAUGGAUAUUGCUUAAAUGAAAACAAUAUGUAAUUCCAGAAAGAUUUGAGUCUCGAAAUCAGUUAAAUCAUACAUUAUUAAUGUCUUUUUACAAUCUGAUAUAUA